UUUAGGUCAAAACCACAUAUAAAACUCCCCCCAAUUCUAUUAUCCCUUUCCAUAUCCCCACUCCCUCUCUCUCUCAUACCAAACAUCAAGAAAACAUAUCCAUAUCCCAACCAAAUAAAAGCAUACAUGGGCACUCUAGUUGGGCAUGUGGCACCUGGAUUUGGCUUCUUUAUCAUUGGAUUAUGGCACUUAUUCAACCACAUCAAGCUCCAUGCCCUCCACCCCCAAAAAUACACCUCCUCACCAUGGUUCCCUACUUCAAAAAUCAAGUAUUUGGAGCUCUACUUGAUCAUGUUAGGAAGCUCCAUGUCCAUAUCCAUGGAGCUCUUCAUUGGGCCCGAGCGACACCAGCCUCUCGGGCCCGAUGGAACCAUCCCUUCCAGCCAUCUACACAAUUUUGAACACUCAAACAUAUCCCUCACUUUCCUCGUCUAUGCCUUGUUCUCAAUCUUGCUAGACAAACUCGACCCCCCUGCCCGAUACGGCCUCACCAACUUGCUUGGCGCGGUAGCCUUCGGGCAGCAACUCCUCCUCUUCCACCUCCACUCCGCCGACCACAUGGGGGUGGAGGGACAAUACCAUUGGCUACUACAAAUUGCAAUAUUUGUGUCACUUGUCACAACUAUUUUAGGCAUUAAUCACCCUAAUAGUUUUUUAAAUAGUUUUGUGAGGUCGGUUAGUAUAUUAUUUCAAGGCGUUUGGCUUAUGGCUAUGGGGUUCAUGUUGUGGACCCCUACCCUAAUUCCUAAGGGCUGUUUCAUGAACAUGGAGGAAGGGCACCAAGUGGUCCGGUGCCAUGGGGAAGAGACUCUUGAACGUGCUAAGUCGUUAGUGAACAUUCAAUUUAGUUGGUACGUUGUUGGGGUGAUAGUAUUUUCCGUGACCCUUUAUUUGGUUAUGGUCCGAUUUUAUUCGGAGAAGGUUGAGUACCAAUCUCUAUCAAAAUUCGAGAUGCACGAUGAGGAUGACGUCGAGGCGCAAAAGAAGGCCAAUCGAGGUAACGUCGAGCAACGUAAGAGCUUCCUCCAAAUUGGAGUGCCGUAUGCUGCCAUGGACAUCCAAAGGUAGAAGUUGGACAAUAAAUAAGUUUGUUUGAAAUAGAUAAUUUCGUGUGCAGAUUUUAUUUUUUUUGGAAUUGAUGUAUUAAGCCCACAAUAACGUUGGCUUAGUUGUGAAAAUGUGUCAUGGGAAAGAAAAUGAUGUGUGAAAGUGAAAUCGCAUUAGGUUUCGGUUAAUUUGUUUGUACAUGUACAGUUCACAAAAUCUAAAAUAGUGUUUCUUUCUCAAUUGCGUAA